CAAUCGGUUCGAAACAGAACCCCGGAUAGCAAAAAAAGGGGCUUUUUAUAAUGAACCGGUUUUCCUGGCUGGUUCAACCUAUCAUCGACUGGUUGUGAUUGAUUGAUUGUUCUCUUCGUCGAGAAGUCGGUGUUUGUUUGAUCAGAAAAAAUGCCAGUGAGAGUGGUGGAGAGUUCUGCACCCUCUCAAGUUUCAGGUGCAAAUCCUAGCCACACUUCACCCUCUGCUUGUACACUUCUAAGUGUUGGACAGGCAUUUUCUGGAACUCAGAAUGUUUCUAGUCUACAAAAGGACGAAGCAUGGAGAGUUAAUGUACGAAUCCAAGGUUGUGACCUUGAACAUGGUUAUCUUUGUGGCACCAUGGAAGCUCUUAACGUUCCUAUGGCAGACACACCAGUGGUAACCUUUUGGGAAGGGGAAAUUGUUGAUACCAAGAAUUAUACGUUCUUCACUGGCAAAUGGGAAGCAACAUCAGAAGUUGACAUAAGGCAUUGGACCAAGUUCCCAUCUUUCUCUCCCCUUCUGGGCCAAGUGGAAGUUGAUGGUGGCAAAUCUCUGGACCUGAGUAACUAUCCUUACAUAUUCAUGAGAUGGAAAGAGCAAUACUUUGUGAAUGUCGGAACUGACUGUGGGUUAACUAUAGCUGGCUUUUACUAUGUUUGCUUCUCUUGUAGUGAUGGCUCCAUCAAUGGCUUUUAUUAUGAUCCUAAUAGCAGCCCAUUUCAGAAACUCGAGCUGAAAUCAACUCAUGAAGGAAGAUCAGGUUUCAGUUUUUCUUCAUAUGAGUUGCAAUAAAUGGAAAUAGCCAGUUUUUUUCCAGCACUGGUACUAUAGAUAAAAUAUGAGCAUUUCAUUGAGUCACAUAAAGUUUGUGAAAGUUGAUGUUGCAGUUGCUGAUGCAUAAAGUUUGACAAGGUGAGGUCUGUUACAUGUUGGGGGAGCACAUGGAGAAUCCAAACAUUGUGAACUACAAAAUUUACAAUGGAAGAGUUGAUGUUAUGUGCGCCAUUUUUUUAGUUUUUAAUUUUUAUUGUUAUGUGCUUCCAUCUAUGUUGGAAAGAUUAUUAUGUAUCCCCCAUUGUUUAAACGUAACAAUAAAGCUCUAGCAAAAAUUGUUACUCUCUCUC